AUGAUCAUCCUCCAAAUCCCAAUCUUCUACCAAAAAUGGGUCUGGCGGAAAUGUCCCUGCCACCCACGCUACCACAAAACAACAGCAAAGUACGUUGCUAUGCCACCUUCAACUGACCCUGUCAUAGCCGCUCGAAAUGAAGCCAUAAUUAAAGACUGGAGGGCAUGGCGCUGGAACGUCUACAAUAUCGACAUGACCGCCUCGUCGAUGAAGAAAUGGUGGUCUCAGUACGAAAAGGAAUCAAAGCGCGAGUCAUGGCAGGACGAUUUAUGGCGCAUCUGGCAGGAAGAGCAUGGUUUUAGGAUCUUGGUGGAAGAGGCGGAGAAAGAGGCAAAGGAAGAGGCGAAAAGGAACGCUGCCAAUGAUGAGAGCGAGAGCGAGAUCAAGAUGGAUGCAGUGAUUCGGGGGGUGAAGAAGAUUGGUCAGUGGGCGAGACACUCGAGCCAGGCGACGGCGGAGGCGGAGGCGGAAAUGCGACAGGCCGAGGAUAGGAAGAGGCAGUUGUGGGAGGAGGCACAUGUGGGUCGUAAUGCCUCUGAGAUUUCGCUGCCCGAGUCAUUCAUGACGAGGCUUGAGCUGUGGAGAGCCGGUGAAGAGUAG